AUGCGCUCGAAUGCUACUCGUGGGCUUCUUUCCGCUCCCUCCAGAACCUACACACCUGCACCGCCGAAGCCAAAUCGGCGUCUAAGCUCAAACACUCGCGUUCGAUUAGAGCCGCUGGACAUGCCGCAGCAGCAGACGACGAAUGGACGAUUCCGCACAAGAACUCGUGACAGCGCAUCCCCUCGUACCACGUUUCCUCCUACCUCCAACAAUGGCUUGUGUAGAACAAACAAUGGCGUGAAUUCGCAUCAUUUGCCCUCAGAUACGAAGCCAACAGGGGGUGAAAAAUGUAACUCUGCCAGGCAAGCACCACUCUUAUCAGCAGCAACUCGUGCGACACCACACGUCCACGCGAUCAAAGCACCUUCAAUGGGUUCUGCACCGAGGGGUACAGGCGUUCAGCGCUCUUCUGGAAAGACAACGGAGAAGGAGCAUCCACGCGAGCCCAGACGUCCAGUGCGGCAGCGUCUGCAGACUCGCCUCAACACUUCCAUCACCAGUCAGCCACCACUCAAGUCGUUAAACCGAGCCACGCCUUCGGGUCAGUCCACACGAGCUCCUGUCAACACUAUUUCGAAUCCUGAGGACGAUUCUGCUCUAAUAACUCGUGGAAUAGGUGAAUCGAACGUGACGGACUCGCAACGACAGGAGACAGGUGUGAGCCUACAAAGCCUCAGUCAUUUAGCCACAUCCCUUGAUACCAUGAGGACUAACCAAGGGGCUUGGCCUCUGGGGAUGUUGGAACACAAGACCAAAAAAACGGUCUCAGCCACGCCAGCGAUGAAGAGGUCAACAUCACCACCCCAACAACUCAACGCGAAUACAGAUGCUAAUGUGAAAAUUGGCGACAGUGGCAGCUCCGUACCCUUGGUCCCACCAGCGGAUGGCCUGGAAGAUGACUAUCGCAACACUUCAAAUUGGCUCACGCGCGCGGAGAUGUUCGAUGAGACCGCUUGUGUAAUUGAAGGCAUUUGCUUGGAGCCGCCCUUCUCAACUCAUCUAUGGACGCAAGCCUAUACAAACCCUGGUGAAAUGGUCUCGCAGUUCGUGGGAACGGGUGGUGCUGUUCUAGGUUCGGAGGGCGCUGUCAACGUCCUUCCAAAAGGUGCUAGCGCUCUACAUCGCUAUUCGAAACAGCUUAAGGACGGGUAUUACGCGUGUAUUAGGUGUGGGAAUCCUGUGUGCUCACCACAGUAUCAGAUACCCGCAGAGGACCUACAAAACUCACGGACUAGGGGGUAUGCCGUGUUUAGUCGUGUUCAUGCGAAUGGCCUACGGGUGGAGAUCACAAAUAUUGGCGCUGGAAACCACAAGAAGACUUCACUGGCGCAAGCGAAAGACAAAAUACAACAUUUGGAACCGAAUAAACCGUUGACCUUCUCAGUGUUUUGCCGAUGCUGUAAUGGUUGCGUCGGCGUUCUAGAAAGCGCUGAAGGUAGAAGCUCUACAAAUAUGAGAGGUAGUCACGAAUCAGAGCAAGGAACUGUCUGCGAAUGGUUUUUAGCAAACAGUUUGUGUUUAGAGUACAUACCACGUAACACAAGAGCCUCUCUCAACGAACUUCUUGCGAGCACUUCAUUCGAGGGUAAUAAGAAGCACCGAGGCGAAAUAAGACACAUUGGUCAUACCAACAACUGUAAACCUAUGUAUGAAGAAGACGAGCAGACCCUUACAACAUCCCCUGCCUCAGAUUCAUCUUCACAAUGUGCGAUGCCAGAUGAGACUAAUGAAACGGAUCAACUGGCCAAAGAAUGGGGGUUGUGCUUGGAAGGCAACAUUAGCGACGAAGAUAUCGAAUUGUAG